AGAAGAAAAAUGUAGCUCUACUUCCCUAAUUUAAAGAGAUGUGAUACUUGAAGGAUUAAUUGGAUUUUCCCAUGCAAUGUUAAUACGAUUUGAACGUUUUUCCAGUAAACGUGAUGAUGGGGCUGUAAGCGAGAGCAGCGCGCGCUAGGGCGGAAACAGUGGAGAGAAGUUAUAUGUAUGUGUAUGAUUUCUGCCAUGAAGGAGUGGCCCAAAGCUUGUGUUCCUCUGUGUUUGUGUAGAUGCUUCAUGAUGAAGUUGAUUGUUGUUGCAUUUGGUUCGUGAGCAGCUCUGAAGGACGCUGGGAAAGGACUCACGGCGCCGGUCCCUGUUAGAGGUGGUGAUUUGAAGAACAAAAAAUGCCGGUGCCGCCUCCACCUCCCCCACCCCCCACCUUCUCUCAGGCGAACACUGAGAAGCCUGUCUUGAAAAAGUCAGAGCAACAGGGCCGGAAUGCUCUGCUCUCUGACAUUAGCCAUGGAGCAAAGCUUAAGAAGACUGUUACUAAUGACCGCAGUGCCCCUAUACUUGAUAAACCCAAAGGUGGCGUUGGAGGAGGAGGUGGGCCUGGAGGUGGAGGGGGAGGAGGGUUUGGGGGUGGAGCCCCAGCUGGUCUGGGUGGGCUCUUCCAGGGAGGGAUGCCAAAGCUCCGUUCCUCUCGAGAUGACUCUUGUAGUGUCAGGCCUCCAGUUCUUCCACCUGGUGCUCGUAGCUCAGGUCCACGGCCCUUUGGGGGAGGAUCUGUCUCCUCCCCUCGUUUUCCUAUGCAACGCAGUGAAUGUGUUGACCCUCCACGGCCACGGAUGACUCCACCUCGGCCUGAAACACCUGGAGGGCCACCUCCCCCCCUCCCCAGUGCCCCACGGCCUUUUCAGAAUGGUCCACAGAGCAGAGGACCACCCUCACUUCCAGGAGCACCCCGACCGGGUUCUGCACCAACCCCUUCACCUUCAAACCCUCCAGGACGACAGCCUGCACCUCCACCUGUGCUGGGUGGAUUUGGUCGUCCUCCUUCCAUUCCUUCACCCCCAGUAAGCCAUGCCGGGCGACCUCCUCCUCCCCCUGCCCCCAGUCGAGGUGAUGACCGUCCUCCCCCUGUUCCCCCUGGAAACCGUUCUUCUUUGCCACUCACACGGGACAGCCCACCCCCUCCACCUCCUCCAUCUGCAAGUAGUAAACCAACCCCUCCUCCAACUCCUGCUCCCGCCUCAUUGCGGACACCUGUAAGUGCAGCUCCUCCUCUGCCACCGGGACGUCCAGGCCUGUCUACUCCAGAGGAGCUUACACCACGCCUACCCGAACGCAACCUGUCACUGGGCUCGCAUGCCCCUACCCCUCCGCCUGGGCGUUCCGGCCCCCUUCCUCCACCUCCUUCUGAGAGACCACCUGCAUUGGGCAGGAAUGCAACGGGACGAACAGGUCCCCUUCCACCUCCACCUCCUUCAGGGCGUCCAGGAGGAGGAAGCAUAAGGUCAUCACCAGCUCCUCCCCCGCCAAGCAGACCAGGGAUGGAGCCUCACCGUGGUGGAAGUAGACCACCCCUCCCACCCGACAGACCCAACUCUGGACCUCUGCCCCCUCCUCCCCCACCUAUGGGCAAUGGUUACCACAACCAGGGGCAUCAUAUAGAUGACUUGGAAUCUCGCUUCACGUUCCGGCCUCUAUCGGACCUUCCACCUCCUGAACCCUACAUCCCCUGUCAGAAGACCUAUCCUAGUAAACUAGCCAAGAACGAAAGCCGAGUUUCAGGAAGGAAAGAGAGAGGUGCACCUCCCCUGCCUCCUGUUCCUAGGUGAAAGUAACUGAUUGUUUUCUCUGGGUUUGGAAAAACCUUCCCUUCCCCAGUUAUCUACCAGUACCAAUUUUCUCUGGUACAGUCUGUAUUCAUAUUGUACUGCCAGAGUAGUCCAUUGAACUAUUAAAGAUGUAUAAAAGAAGUAUAAAAUACCGCUAAUGGUGUUCUGUAAUAGACAACAUUGUUAUCAUGCUACUGCCAGUUUGUGCUAAUUAUCUUAUAAUAAUAAUAUGUUUUGCUUUUGUUUGCUUGAAAGAUCGAUGAAAGGAUUUGUUUGUCUGUUUGCUUUAAGGUCAAGUGGUGAGAUAUAUAGAAAUACUACAGCAAGGUUUUACUUUAUUUUAUAGUGGGGAGUUGUUGCCCUGGAUGAAAGUGAUGGUUAAAUCAGCUGUUUGCCACUUCUACCUAUUCUUGUUGUUGCAUGUGCACCUAUUUCCUUUUUGUCUGAAAAAUAAUCUAUAAUUAUGAAUCAGUGCAGAUUUUAUUUUAAGGUGCUGUCAUUUAAAAAUGUAAAAACAAAGUAAUGCAAAACUUAUCUGUGCAGAGUCCUGUUAUGGGUAAUUUUGGGAACUGAUUUUUGGCGCCCCCUACAUUCCACAUGCCAAACAACACUAUUUAUAUAGCAUGGAAAAUUAAAGCCCACUGUCAUACAGCUGCUUAGAUGUGGAGAACACAUUGUGCAGAGUAUCAGAGUAAGAGUAAAUCAUGAAUAAGCCUUCAAAUCUUGAGGGAAUGUGUAUUUGCAUUAGUGCUGUCAUGUGGGUCCUUUGUGUUGGUGAGGGCCAAAAAGUGAUGCAGAAUGUUCUCCUGUAAACAGAAUCAGUCUUUUUUCAGUACCUCAUGCUGAUCUAAAUGAAAGAUGGCUUGCUUUACAUUAUCAUGUAAAUGCUUUUACGUAAUAUGGGAUUAUAUCUGUUUAUGAUGCAAGACAAAAAGCCAAAAAAUGUGUAAAGUUUAUAUUUUAUUAUCUAUGUAUGCACUUGCUUGUUUUCUUUGUUAGCUCAGUAUUACGGUGCCUUAUGUAUAUAUCACAAAUGCAUGAUGUCUGUCAGAGAGAAAGACUGUGAUUUUCUAAAAGUAUAAUUAGUAAUAGUUAAAUUAGAGAGAUUAUGUUGUUAACUAUAGGUUGCCUCUUCCAUAAUGUGCUUCUAGAAAGAAUCAAGAAGCCCAGGUGAGGUGAGCUGGCUUUGUUUAGACUGUUAGGAUGCCUUAUAUUUGUACACAUUAAAAGGUCUUCUCAUGAAAAUAAAAUUAUAGUGAGUAAAGAAGGAAAAUUACAGAUUCAGAAGAUAUAUGCAAAGUAACAUAAGUUCUGCAGUGUCUUAAAUUAGAUAAGUGAAAAAGUUUAAAGAUAAUUGUUGAUGUUGGAUUUUCUUUUUUUUUUUUUUUUUUUGGUUAUGCAAAGAUGGUAAGGCCUCGAAUUUAUUAGCUGUUGGCACACACUUCACUGACACUACUCUGUGAUUGAUGCUUAACGCGGUACUAUUUUUUUAGGUUCUUUUUUAUCUGCCUGUAUAAGCACAUUUAAGUUUCAUACAUCAUAUUUGUUUCAUUUGUACAUUUUCUUUGUUAAUUACAGCCAGUCUUGCCAAACUUGUUACUUGCCAAAAAUAUUAUUUGAUGAAAAUUUUUUCUAAAUAAAUAUUCAAGAUGGA